GGUCCAGCCUGAAGUCACCAGCAGUGUAUCCAGUAUUUCACAGACAUCCUUCCACCUACUUUGCUGCACCACUGGCUGCUGCUGUAUCGUUUUCAAGGUGACCCUGCUGCAAGAUGUCUUCUACCCCAGAGCUGCACCCCCUGCUCUUCACCACGUUGUCCCCCUUCCCCCCGGCCACUUCAGGAAUCCAGGCUGCAGCGCUCAAUGCCACCUCUUGUGAGGAGUGGGAGCAGACCCACCACCUCCUCUUUCAUCUGGCGAGCCUGUCCCUGUUGUUGGGCCUGGGCAUCCCCACUACCCUUGGCCUGCACAUGAUCCUGUUACGCCUCCUCUUGAUGACAGGAUGUGGUCUCUUCAUUGUGUGGGCGACUCUGUAUAGGUGCAACCUGGAUGUGAUGGUUUGGAAUGUGGUAUUUCUGGUGAUCAACUUCAUGCACUUGUUCUUCCUCCUGUACAAGCGCAGACCGAUUAAGAUCGACAGGGAGUUGCGGUCAGUCUACAAGCGGAUGUUUGAGCCCCUCCAUGUGCGGGAAGCUUUGUUUCAGAGGCUCACAGGGCAGUUCUGCACCAUCCAGACACUUAAGAAGGGCCAGGUCUACGCUGCUGAGGAUAAAACCUCUGUAGAUGAACGCCUCAGCAUUCUCCUCAAGGGAAAGAUGAAGGUAUCGUAUCGAAGUCAUUUUCUUCACAACAUCUAUACCAAUUCAUUCAUUGACUCUCCAGAGUUCAGGUCCACUGAGAUGCACAGAGGAGAGAAGUUUCAGGUGACCAUCAUGGCAGAGGAGAACUGUAAAUUCCUGUGUUGGUCUCGAGAGAGGCUCACCUACUUUCUGGAGUCAGAUACUUUCCUAAAUGAGGUAUUCAGGUACCUCAUUGGCAAAGACAUCACCAACAAACUGUACUCUCUGAAUGACCCCACACUCAGUGACAAGGCGGUGAAGAAGAUGGACCGUCAGCCCAGCCUUUGCUCUCAGCUGUCUAUGAUGCAGAUGAGGAACAGCAUGGCGAGCAGCAGCGACACUGAUGAUGUCCUUAACCAGAUCCUACGAGGAGGUUCUGCUGGAUCAUCACUCCAAAAAUCCCCUGACACCAAGAACUCCUCAAAGAUGAAGCCCAUCGAAGAAGGCAUGGAAGAUGAUGUUUUUGAAGAAUCUUCAUCCAAGUCUCACCGUAUACCCAGCACUUCCACUGAGGAAGUGUAACCAGCAGGCGAAGAAUACACAAGAUCAAAUGAAUGCACAUCUUAUUUAGCAACAACUACAAUUUGAUCGAAGAAUUUUCUUUUUCAAAUCCACUAGAAAUAACUUCAGAGAUUGCUCCAGGGAUCCUGGCUUGCCCUCAGAGCUGCCAUAGACCACCAUCGAGCUAGCACCCUCUCUCAGUCUCAGACUGAGAGCUGACUCCUUUUUUUAUUAUUAUUUAAGAACAAUACUAACAAACAACUCUUUGCACAUCUCCAACUCACUCUCUUUUUCUUGCUGAUUUGAGAGAAUAUAAUUUGUGUUUGGUAGAUUAUGUCUCUGUUGUAACAAUGCUUCUCUUGACAAUAAAUUGUAUACCAUUGGAAAGCC